AUGAAGACGAGAUCUGGUGCUGUACUCGGAGACAAUGGAGAGAAGAGGAAAGCUCCCGAUGGAGACGAAAAUGGCAGAGUGAAGAGAAGACUGGUGCAGAGAAACGAGCAAAAGAGCGAGAGACGGAAAUGGUCGAGGGAAGAGAAAACUGGUUCAGAGCAACGAACAGGGGAAGGGGAAGAUCCUCAGGGGAAUCCGUCGCUGUGUAUCUCCUCGGUGCUCUGCUUAUACUUACCGCUCCAGAUUCUCGUGUGUGCUUAUUUUGAUUGGUCGGAUCUUGAGAGUCUUUUUGAUUGUCAAGCCAUAGGGAGUACUUCAUUUGCUGAUCAGUCUCGUUUUCUCCUCUGUAAUUACAGAUUGGAGCGUAUCGGUGCCUUUACUCUCGACUCUGGAAUGUCACUACUCACUGAGAGUUUCAAUGGCAACUGA